AUUUACAGCUGUUUCCCCCGUCUAGCGAUUUUCAGUUGCCUUUAUAACCCCCAAUGACGCGCGGCUCAUUUGCACGAUCUGACAUCUUUAUUCAUAAAUAGCCCCCAUUCACAUCUCUCUGACGUUCAUCUACCCUCUGACGAAACCUGCUCCUAUAAGAUUCACAGUCUCAAUGAAUUUCGGUUCUUUAGAGAUACAACGACUUUAGCAGAGAGAAGAUGAACAUCCAUGUGGAGGGUUUGGUGGCCAUUGUCAUCUUCUACUUGCUGAUCCUUAUAGUGGGAAUCUGGGCAGCAUGGAAAAACAAGAAUUCCGGCGUGGUGGAGGGAGUUGAUCGCAGUGAGACCAUUAUGGUCGGCGGAAGGGAUAUUGGAUUAUUUGUCGGCGGAUUUACCAUGACUGGUGACAUUUCCUUCUGGCUGCUAUGUACAGGUUUCUACGGCACAGCAGAGAAUGUUUAUCUUCCCGGGUACGGCUUGGCAUGGGCACAGGCUCCCUUUGGAUAUGCGCUCAGCCUUGUUUUGGGUGGCCUUUUCUUUGCUAAACCCAUGCGCUCCCGGGGUUACGUCACCAUGCUUGACCCCUUCCAGCAACUGUAUGGAAAAAGGAUGGGUGGUCUGCUGUUCAUCCCUGCACUAAUGGGGGAAAUGUUCUGGUCAGCCGCCAUCUUAUCUGCCCUUGGGGCCACACUGAGUGUGAUCAUUGACAUCGACAUCAAUAUGUCUGUGAUUAUUUCGGCUCUUAUUGCCAUUUUCUACACGCUGGUGGGAGGACUGUAUUCAGUGGCCUACACUGAUGUUGUCCAGCUCUUCUGCAUUUUUUUAGGACUGUGGGUGAGCGUCCCUUUUGCGCUCUCAAACCCAGCUGUGUCUGACAUCGGAGUGACAGCAGUGAAGCAGCUCCAUGCUAAUCAGACCGCAUGGCUUGGGAAGAUAGAAAGCCUUGACAAAUGGAUGUGGGCUGACAACUUCUGCCUUCUGAUGCUGGGGGGGAUUCCCUGGCAGGUAUAUUUUCAAAGGGUUCUUUCUGCCUCUUCAGCUACCUAUGCUCAAGUCCUCUCCUUCCUGGCUGCCUUUGGUUGUAUCAUUAUGGCUAUUCCCUCCAUCCUGAUCGGAGCCAUAGGGGCUUCCACAGAUUGGAACCAGACAUCCUAUGGGCCAAUUCCUCCCAUGCAGAGGGACCAGUCUGACAUGAUCCUACCGAUCGUGCUACAGCACCUGUGCCCGGCCUAUAUCUCCUUUUUUGGUCUGGGGGCAGUUUCUGCCGCAGUGAUGUCAUCCGCUGACUCAUCCAUCUUGUCGGCCAGCUCCAUGUUCGCUAGGAACAUCUACCAGCUCGCUUUCCGACAAUCGGCUUCCGACCGUGAGAUCGUGUGGGUCAUGCGGAUCACUAUUUUUGUGUUCGGGGCUCUAGCGACGGCCAUGGCUCUCCUGACUGGGACCGUCUAUGGUUUAUGGUACCUGAGCUCUGAUCUGGUCUACGUCAUCAUCUUCCCCCAACUCAUAUGUGUUCUUUUCAUCCGUGCCACGAACACCUACGGCUCGGUGGCUGGAUACAUCUUUGGAUUGAUCCUGCGAGUUGGUGGAGGGGAACCAUAUCUCAAACUGCCUCCGUUCAUCUACUACCCUGGAUGGACCAUUGAGGAGAAGGUCCAUCAUGUGACCAAGGAGGUGGAAUACCUGGUGUUGCAGAGGUUUCCCUUUAAGACUGCUUCCAUGCUGGCUUCGUUCCUAAGCAAUGUGGCUUUCUCAUACCUGUUCAAGUACCUGUUUGAGAGUGGCACUUUGUCGGCUAAAUAUGAUUUCUUGGAUGCAGUGGUGGCCAAGCACAGUGCCGAAAUAAUGGACAAGACCACUCUGGUGAACAAGAACAUCAUUGGGCUGAAUGAAAUGGCCCCGGUCAAGCCAAGACUUAGUGUUACUUUAGCUGCUACCUUCACCAGGAAGGAAACCCUGACCGAAGAGGAGGACUCCAGCCCGGAGUCACCGAGUCAUGAGAAUGAGUAGAGACCCUAUGUUCAAUCUUAAGAAGACUCUCUAUUGGUUCCAUAAUGUGAAGUACAAGGCUUCACCCAAUAAGUAAAUAAAUAUCAGAUUUUAAUUAUAUACUUAAUU